AUGGCACAAGCGUUUUGGCUGGUGAUUAAGGAAGAGGGACACAUGGUCACGGCCCGGCAGGAGCCUCGCCUCGUCCUGGUCUCUGUCACCUAUGAGGACGAUUGCCUGAUCUUCAAGGCUCCGGGCAUGGACCAGCUGGUGUUGCCGAGCAAGCUGCCUUCCUCAAACGUGAUCCACGACUGCAGGAUUUUCGGUCUUGACAUCAAGGGCAGGGACUGUGGCGACGAGGCAGCUCAGUGGUUCACCAACUUUUUGAAAACAGAAGCCUACAGGCUGGUUCAAUUCGAAAAGAACAUGAAGGGAAGGAUGUCGAGGAAAAUUUUGCCAGCUUUCGUACAGAACUACCAGGUGGCCUACCCGGACUGCAGCCCAGUCAUGAUCCUCUCCGAAGCCUCCCUGGCCGAUCUCAACACCAGGCUGGAGAAGAAGUUGAAGAUGGACCAGUUCCGGCCAAACAUCGUGGUGACCGGCUGUGACGCGUUUGAGGAGGAUACCUGGGAUGAAAUCCUCAUCGGCAACACAGAAAUGAAAAAGGUUUUGGCUUGCCCCAGGUGCAUUAUGACCACGGUGGACCCAGAUACCGGAGUGAUUGACAGGAAGGAGCCCCUGGAAACCCUGAAGAGCUAUCGCCUGUGUAGUCCUUCUGAGAAGCCCAUAUACAAGUCAUCCCCACUUUUCGGGAUCUAUUAUUCGGUGGAAAAAAUUGGAAGCUUGAAAGUUGGCGACCCUGUGUAUAAGAUGGUACAGUGACGGACCCACAAGGGUGUCACAGUCCAGGAGACAUUGAUCAGGAUUUUAGCUACAAUAACAACAGUACCUCAAGAAUCCUUAUCACCAGCCUCUGACCAUCUCCACCCUGGAAAUGAAUCUCUGUUUUUAAUUUUUUGGAAUUAUAUGUGCUCCAAGGAAAGUCGUAGAGGUGAUUUGAGAAUAAGAAAGUUAUAUAGAUUUCAGGUGAGGAAGACUUUUUAAAUAAAUAAAAUUGUCCAUGAAAUUAUUUCCAAUGUUAACUGUAGCUAUUACGCUUCUGACAUUAAUAUUGAUGAGUCAAGAAAGUAUAAAGAGUCUGCUCAACAGCUGCAAACGUUUUUUCUAAAUGUUUACAUUGUAUUACCUACCAUUCCAUGGGUUGGCAAAAUGAGGAACAGGUUUCCUGAUGUGCCUUUAUAUGUGAACACACAAAAUUCUGUUAAGUUGGGUGUUUGUUUUUUUGUUAAUCCCACGCAAGGAUAUAUUUUCCAUUGAUUUUCAGAGAGAAUGGAAGGGAGGGAGGGGGAGAGAGAGAGAGAGAAACAUUGAUGUGAGUGAUCGAAACUCUAACCCAAGUCCUUGCCCUUCACCGGGAAUUGAACCCACCGACCCUUCGGCGUGCAGGCUGAUGCUCUAUCCACUGAGCCAUACUGUCCAGGGCUCUGUUGGUUGGUUUUUACCUGGCUAUUGAGUCCUUUUGACUUUCUACUCCUGUGCAUCAUGGAAUCAGGUUGUACGGAGUAUGGCAAUUAUUUUACAAACCUUGUUUUUAUGUUAAAUUAGGCCUCUAUGAAGCCAUGUAAAAGAAAUUGUGUGUAAUUGCCAGGUACACCACCUGGAAAUCCAGCUAUGAUCAAGAAGAGAAUGGUAUUUAAAAGAGUGGAAGUUUGAGAGUUGGGGUAAGGAGAAAGAAAGUUGCACAUAUUUCUUUAGGUGCAAGUAAUUAUUAUUAUUUUUUGGUAACAGAAAUAAACUCUUGGUACAACUCAACAGAAAUUCUCACUGACGUAAUAAUAUGUGAAUGAAUUAACCUACUUAAUAAUUCUGUGAUUUCUUUACUAUUAAUAAAUGUGAUUCUUGUACUUUU